UUUGAUGUCAUAUAUUAUUUUCGUGCAACGCUUUAUUGCUGAUAUUUGUUUUAGGCAUUUGAUCUUUUCUAGCUUUGUCUCACUUCAACUUUUUAUUUAUUUAUUCUCUUACGAUUUUAUGUCAUCGUGCAGUCAUCGAAGAUAGAAUAGUCGGGGUUGACCAUGCCAUCCAGCUGGGGCGGCUAGCACGGUGAUCCAUCGGAUGCCAUCCGAAACAAACACACUAUUUACUGGCAUCUUUAUGCAGAUUUAAUUUUCAUUUAGAAUACCAGUAUCAGUUCGUAUUUGGCUCAUACGUUUUUGUUCUUUUAACAUGAAUUGAUUUCUAGAUGGAUUCUAAAUCGAAACCGGGCGAAGGCGGAGAACUUUUUGGUUUCACGAAAUCCCCCGGAAGUCUGAAAUAAGCUGAUCCGGAAUUAACAAUAUUUUGCUGGUAAUCUAAGGAUCCGACCGACAGCUACCUUCUUCAGUAACAAAAAAACCACGGACAAUUCUGCUGGUGAUCCUAUGUCUUAGACGGCUGGGCGGCGAUGGCACACCAACCUACGCAAGAACCACAUGGGACGAGCGACCAACAUCAACGGCACUCCCGGCAUUUCCAGAAAUAAAAUUAAAAAUAAAUAAAAAGGAGGAAGAAAGAGCAGCCGAUCUCGUCUCGUUUUGGCCGAGUCAAAGAGUGGCGACCCAUGAAAGCAAUCAAAAAGAUGCUGCCGUCGCCUUCACGAGACUCUUACUUCGGACCCGCGUCCCCAUCCUCAGCCCCAAAAUGAUGUCCACAAGCCACCUGGCCGCCUGUGCCUUCCCCGACAGCAAACCACUCAUCCAACCAACCAACACCCUCUCCACCUUCUUCUUCUUCUUCUUCAUUCCCAAAACCUCGAGCUCUCUCGCCGUUCGUGAGUCAAUAGCCAGUAUUUGCACGGCCCCCCUUCUCCUCAAUUCCAUGCGCCAUCUACGACUCCUCUGACCCCCAGCUAGUGUCCCGUUCUUCUGUAUAAAGGAUCCCCUCUUCAUGUCCAUAGCCUCCACGCUCUUCCUCCAUUCCUGCAGCAUGUAGUCGUGCCAUUCUUGGAAUACUCCACUCGAGCGGGUGGGAGCAGCCAUGGCCAGCGCACCGGUUACUCGCAGUCGAGACGCCGGCGACGACCCUUACAAUGACAAGGUCAUGCUCGCCGCGGUAAUAUUGUUAUCCAUCGUCAUCUUCUUCGUCUUGUUUCUCCACAUCUACGCUCGGUGGCUGAUCAGGAGGCAGCGGCCGGUGGUCAGGAGAGUAGUGUUCAGGGAGCCUCUCCAUCUCCGAAGCAUGGCCACAUUCCCCGGUCACACGACCGAGAUAAGGCUAUCGAUUAGUGGGGUCGAUCCCAAGGUGGUGGCUUCGCUCCCCGUCUUCGUGUACAAGUCCCGGGAGCACGAGCAUGGAUUGGAAUGUGUGGUUUGCUUGAACGCCAUGGAAGAGGACGACAGCGGCAGGCUUCUUCCGGCAUGCAAGCAUGCCUUUCACGUCGGUUGCAUCGACAUGUGGCUGAUGUCUCAUGCGACGUGCCCUAUCUGUAGGGCGCCGGUGGAGAUCAUGGGCGAGCCGGCUCAGGUGGUGGACGCUGUUUCGGUGGUCGUUCCCGUGGUGGUGGUGGAGUGUGAGGCGGCCGUGCAAGUCGAACCGAGGAAUGCGAACGAAGAGUCGUGUGUGGUCAAUGUUGCAGCAGCCGAGGGUGACGUACGCGCUGAGACAUCAUCACUUGGUCCCGCAACAGCAACCCACACCAUCAAAGAAGAUUCUCCUCCUUCUUCUUCCUUUGGUUCUUCUCUCAAGAGGAUGCUGAGCAGGGGCAGAUCAUAGUACUUCAACGCCAGCCACUGAUAUUUCAGUAACAUCUCUGGUCUCCCUCCACCUUUGUGGAUGAUGCUAAUUGACUCAAGGGAUCAUCAAGGACAGACAUCUACCCGUUUUGGUUCUUUAACGUAGAAGAUCAACUACCUUCUUGAAUGGAACCAACAACUACUGUAGCUUUGAAGUCAAGUUUGUGGAUCGAGAGCCUACUCCCAACUCCAGGAAUAAUUGGAUUCUUAGUUGUGCGUAGCCUUUCUAUCGUUUUCAUCUUCUCCAACCUUUUGAAAUGUCCAUUGUGUUUCUUGGAAGCUCCAAGAAGUCGUUGUUCCUUCUCCCAUGGUGUCCAGGCUAAUAAAAUUUUCCUCUAAUAUUUAAUUAUCUUAAAUAAUUAUCAACAA